UGGUUAUUUUGAGAAGGUAAAGAGAUCAGUAGUUGAAGAAGAAGAAGAAGAAAGAAAUGGGUCCUCCCUCGGGUGAAAACAAUGUGGUGGUUUCAUCAAACAUUAAGCUUGAAAGGCUUCUUAGCAUGAAAGGAGGCAAAGGCGAAACCAGUUAUGCCAACAACUCUCAAGCCCAGGCAAAACAUGCUCGCUCAAUGCUACACCUUUUGAAGGAAACACUCGACGGUGUUCACCUGAACUCGCCGGAAAUACCUUUUGUGGUGGCGGAUCUUGGUUGCUCCAGCGGAAGCAACACCAUAUUCAUCGUCAACGUCAUCAUACAACAUAUCAUCAAGCGUUACGAGGCAUCCGGACACUCAGAUCUACCCGAGUUCUCUGCUUUCUUCGCCGACCUUCCUUCCAAUGACUUCAACACUCUCUUCCAGCUCCUCCCGCCGCUGGCCAACCAGGAUGUCGGUAGCAUGGAAGAGUGUCUUGCCUCCACGGGCCACCGCUCUUUCUUUGCUGCCGGUGUCCCUGGCUCCUUCUACCGCCGGUUGUUUCCCGCAAAUUCAAUUGAUGUUUUCUACUCGGCGUUUUCCUUGCAUUGGCUCUCUCAGGUGCCAGAAAUUGUACUGGAGAAAUCAUCGACGACAUACAACAAAGGAAAGAUAUUCAUUCACGGUGCAAAUAAAAGCACUGCAAAUGCAUAUCGGAGACAAUUCCAGACGGAUCUUGCAGGAUUUCUAAAGAUGAGAUCCAAAGAAAUGAAAAAGGGUGGGUCAAUGUUUAUUGCUCUACUGGGUCGGACGUCAGAGGAUCCCACUGACCAGGGUGGGGCAGGGUUACUUUUCGGGACCCAUUUUCAGGAUGCAUGGAAUGAUCUUGUCCAAGAGGGACUAAUAACGAGUGAGAAGCGAGAUGAUUUCAACAUUCCGGUGUAUGCCCCAAGCUUACAAGACUUCAAGGAGGUGGUGGAAGCGAACGGGUCGUUUAGCAUAAAGAAGCUGGAGGUAUUCCAAGGAGGGAGCCCGUUGGUGGUCAACCGGCCAGAUGAUGCGGCGGAGGUGGGUAGGGCUCUAGCCAACAGCUGCAGGAGUGUCAGUGGGGUUCUGGUGGACGCUCACAUCGGAGAUAAGCUUGGGGACGAGCUCUUUUUGCGGGUGGCUAACCGAGCUACAAACAAAGCCGAGGAGAUUCUGGAAAACCUUCAGUUUUUCCAUAUUGUAGCCUCUCUUUCUCUUAAAUAAAUAACACCUACCACAUUUGUAAGCUAGGAGAAAAGUGUGAGUUUUCAUGUUUAUUGUUAUGUUUUUUGUUCCUCGUGCGUACGUAUCAUG